AUGGCAACUGAAGAGAUUUCUGAGGCCUUGACAGUUCUUGUCAAGCUAGGAAAUAGGAAGAAGGAUGUGGAAGUGAAACUUGCAAGAAAUUCCAACAUUCAGCUGUUGCUAGAUGUGCUGCAAUUCACCGCAGAGACAAAAUUCUUUACAACUUUGACUUUGAGCUUCAACAAACGUCUUUUGUCCGAGAACGAGAUUUUGGGUGACUUGACAAAAGCCGAAAAGGUCACAUUGGCUGCUGAGUUUGCUCCUUACACGCUGAGAGAAGUUGUUAAGCAUGUAGACGUGUUGCGGAACUCGGUGGGAUUAAUUCCAGAAACGCAAGAUUCGCUGUCUGAAUUUGGAAUUUCUGCCAACAGUAAGUUUAUCGAGAUGCCAUUGUACCCUGUCCGGGAGAAGGAAACUGAAAAGAAGGAGUCCUCUGACAAUAAGUCAAACGAAAAAGAUGACCAACUCAAGGUUUCUGACGUGGAAAAGACUCAAUUUGAGAAAACCAUCAGAGAAGUUUUGAAUAUGACACCCGAUCUCAACGACCUCGAAGAAACGAAAAGCAGCGUUGUUACGCCAUGUCUUCGCUCUCUGGGUGCUUCUAAUCAGAACCCGGUUCCACCUUCUUUCAGAUCCAGAGGACAUUUGUUAUAUCUGCAUAUUGUUACUUUGGAAAAUGAGUCCUUUCAUGUAACGGCUACUCCCGCUGGAUUUUACAUUAACAAGUCUACGAGUGGCAAAUUCGACCCAACAGCAAGAGAUGGCUGUGCUACGGAGACUACACUCUAUGACUUGAUUGCAACGCAUUCCAAAAAAUUUGAUGAUCAUGUCAAGGCGUUGACGGAAAAACUGAAAUCCGUGGAUCCUGCAUUCUACCUCAAGCCUUCCACGAACUUUCUCGCCAAGCCAUGGCUCGUGUCCCUCAAUGCCUCGAAUGCAGCAAACACCAACCGUCUCUCUUUGAGUGAGUCUUCGUUCGUCACUGAGAGAAACUUCAACGAUGAAUUUCAGGCCAUCAAAGACAUGACUUAUGAAAACUAUCAAAGCCGUGUGGACUCCGAGAAAUUAAUAGCAAAAAUAAGCCACGAGUUCACCGAGGCAUCUGUUAAGGGCGCAAUGUCGAUUUUCCAUGGUGAUCUGAUACCAAUGAACCCCGAAUCAUCACGCCCGGAACAAAUCUUCUUGAAAGACAACAUUUUCUAUUCCUACGUGACAGACGUUAAUGAAAAUUACGCUGACAAGGGUGGGGAAGAAGCGGCUAGAUCGGCAUCUAAUCAGGAUUUACACACCGUUCGUUUGUUGCACAAGUUGAAUUUGAAAGAUAUUCGGUAUUUGCUGACAACAAUCGUGGAUUUUGGCGGUCUAAGAAUUUUGGCUCAAACUCCAGUUCCAGGACUUCUCAGCGCCAUGGGAGCUUCAACGAAGAAAGAUGAGAAGACGGGUGAAAUUAUCACUGAGGAUCUUCCCAGUGAUGUCACCGUAUCUUAUGGAUUGGAUGAAGGUAGCCAACAAGUCUUGAGAAACGACGAAUUUCACAAGGCUAUGGACACCUUCAGUAAGGUAUUUCAUUUAAAAGACCGCGAAUUCAAGGGCACCCCGUUGCGUUUUUCGUCACAAUCCAAGGGUAUUGUAGGAUUUGACAAACGCAAGUACAUUUUGGAUUUGGCCAACACGCAUCCUUUUGAUGUGCAGUUCUACCGCAAGCAUUACGAGAGCGUUUCCGAAGAACACCGCUACCCUCAUAAACAAACCCUUCUUCGUCACGAAUUGAUUGAAAAAUGGUGGAUUAACAAAACUGAAGACGACGGUGUUAAUGUAGAAAAAGCUUUUGAUGAAAGAAUGUAUGCUUUCGAUCCUGAUGCCUUUUACGUUGCCGAGGUCGAAGAUAUGCGCGUUCAAGAAAUUUCUAAAUACCUGUCAGAUGACGUUCUUCCAAAUGUCGUGAAAGAUUACGCCAGUGGUGCUAUUACUGCUCCUUAUGAUGGUGAGCACUUAAGUCAGGCUUUCCACAAGAAUGGUAUCAACUUGCGUUACUUGGGUGAAUUUGUCACAUUGGUUGAGAAAGAGCUCGAAGAACAAAUUCAAAAACAUGAUGCCAAGUUACGCGAGGUCUCAGAAGCGAAUGCAGAUCAUGAACAAUGGGAGAAAGCUUAUCUUGCAAAAAUUGAAGCAAUGAUCAAGGAAAGACAGGAGGAGAUCAACAAAUUGACAUAUGAGGGUAAAGAUAUUCCCCCAGAAUUGAAAGAAAAUCUUAAACUCGAUGAAAACGAAAUCAGGAAACCUACUAAAGGCGAGGGCGUGCUAGUUCACCGCGAUCAAAUCAACUGUUUGAUUGAGACUGCUAAGCUUGAAAUGAUUGCUCGUUCUUCGAAACAUAUUUUGAGAAAGGCUGCUCUCAAUUUGGCUCCUUCUGUUAUUUCCAGCCUUUUGGCCCAUUUCUUCAAUAUUUUGUUAGGCAAUCAAUACAAUGAAGCUCCUCAAGUUGAGAUCUUAGAUGAGUUUUACUCUAAAGAUACAUUUGACUUCACUUCUUGGACCCGUGGACAUCUCCUGAAUCAAAUUCGCACUGAGGUCUUGAGACGUUUCCGCUUCACCAUUUCGAUCGAAGAUAUUGAGAGACUUCUUGCCUUGCCCUUCCCUUUUAUCAAGUCCAUCAACAAGAAAUUCGGCGCUCAAUUGCUCAAUAAGGAAUACUUCUUUACCGAAGAACAAUUCGAGACCCACAAAAAUUUGCAGGAGAAGAAAUUGCGCAACAAGCUCGUGGCACCAAUUCAAACCUUUUCUCCUGCCGAUAUUACACUAGUGCCUGUCAUUAAAGGAAGCGACUUUCAGUCUGUAAUCGGCGAUGAUCUUUGGAAUCAGGGCGCUACUUCAUUAAACGAAAAGCAAGCUGAAGCACUUGCGCUACUAACGCAGUCCGUUGCCGUCAAAGAAGAAGUUAAUGGCUUACUGAAUGGUUCCGUGGCUGAAUCAUACAUGGCUCUUUCAACAAUUUAUCAUAAGGUUGGUGACCUAACUGAAGCAGUAGUUUUCUGCAGAAAGGCGUCGGUUAUUUUCGAAAGGAUCUAUGGAGUGGACUCUUUCGAGGUUUUGAGAUGUUUGACAAACUUGGCCAUACUUGAGACUAGCAAUGGGUCUCCAUUCAAUGCUGCGUUGCUACUACAGCGUAUCAUAAACACCAUUGAAUGCUUGUGUGUUUGCUCGCAUCCUGCUAUCAUCAAUGCUUACACGAUGAUCCAGCAAUUAGCAAUGGGCUUACAAAACGCCAAAUUGUCAAUAGAGAUACUAAAACACAUGUCGGACUUGAUCUUAAAACUUGAAGAUGGGAACCAAUCUCUGCCCUACGGCUACAACCAGUCUCGACUCGGAAACUUGUAUGCGACUGCUGAUCAGUUAAGCAACUCUUUGAAAGCAAUCAAAGAUGCUAGAGACGUAUUCACAAGAGAGCUGGGUAUCAACGAUGAGACAACUGCUCAGUGCAGACAAUGGAUAUCUGGAUUAGAGAAUCUCAUUGAAAGUAAACUUCAGCAAAAGAAAUUGAGUCAACAACAAGCUGCUUCAAGCUCAAACGAGGUAAAGAAAAAUAGCAAGACUUCAACCAAGAAAGACGAUUCGCCCAAUCCCCAACUGGCUGACAAGUCCAUCGAUGAAUUGCUCAACUUUAUCGAGGGAGCUCCAUCCAAAUCAAAAAAGAACAAGAAAAAGAGGCAAGGACCGAAGUAG